AUUUUACAAUAAAAGAUGAAAACAUCGAUACACCUAGAUGUAUUGAAUCAUACAGCACUGACAAUGUACAAAAUCUCAUCUCUUAACUCAUCAUCAUCACUACGAAUAUUGCGUCUGGGUAACAAUAAGAUAGCGAAACAGAGAUUACCCACAAAACCAUCGUCCGCCAUUAAUAACCCUCAACUUCAAGGUUUUAAUACUUCUUCUAAACAAAAACAGUUAAAUGCAAUGAUUUCCUUCACAACUGUCAUUCCCUCUUCUUCUUCUACUUCCGAUCUCUACUUAACCAGAAAUCGCCCGAUUUUCCGAUACCAUCAACGAGCAUUCCGAUGUUCAGCUUCAGUUUCAGCUUCACCUUCAUCCAAUCAAAUCCAAUUUGAUCUAAAGACAUAUUGGAAAACCUUAAUUACAGAAAUCAAUCAGAAAUUAGAUGAAGCCAUUCCCGUUAAGUAUCCUGAUCAGAUCUAUGAGUCAAUGCGUUAUUCCGUUCUUGACAAAGCUGCUAAACGGGCUCCCCCUAUUAUGUUCAUCGCCUCCGCUGAACUCUUCGGAGUUCCUCGCCGCGCUGCUUUCCCUACUGCUUGUGCCCUAGAAAUGGUUCAUGCAGCUUCACUGAUACACGAUGAUUUACCAUACAUGGAUAAUGAUUUUACAAGAAGAGGCAGACCAACAAAUCAUGCAAUUUAUGGUGAAGACAUGGCAAUUCUAGCUGGAGAUGCUCUUUUUCCGCUAGGGUUUCAACAUAUAGUAACAUAUACACCAACUGAUAUCAUUCCUGAAUCUCGAAUACUACGUGUGAUCUCAGAAUUUGCACGGGCAGUUGGUUCAACAGGUAUGGCAGCAGGACAAUUUCUUGAUUUAACAAAUGGUAACAAAAAUCUUGAAUUUGUGCAAGAAAAGAAGUUCGGAGAAAUGGCCGAGUGUUCCGCUGCUUGUGGUGGAUUAUUAGCCGGAGCUGAUGACGAAGAGGUGGCGAGAUUGAGAAGGUAUGGAAGAACUGUUGGAGUUUUGUAUCAAAUGGUUGAUGAUGUUUUAAAAGCAAAAGAAAUGGAAGGAGAAGGGAAGAAGAAUAGGGAGAAAAUGAGUUACGUGAGUGUUAAUGGUGUAGAUAAAGGAUUGGAAAUGAUUGAGGAAUUGAGUACAAAGGCUAAGAAAGAACUUGAUGGAUUUGAUAAGUAUGGUUAUGAAAAAGUUGCACCACUUUACAGUUUUGUUGAUUAUGCUGUUCAUAGAGGAUUUGUUGUUGUUGAUAAUCAAGAUGAUGUUAGUGAUGCUAGAGAGGCUGCUUCUCUGUAGUUUUAUCAGGAGUAGUGUGAGUUGUGUCAAGUAUACGGCCGUUGUUGUUUACCAACUAGUAAUAAAAUUUAUAGAUUUUGAAGUUUGUU